AUGAAAUUAACAUCAAAAGAACAAGAAGAUUAUUUUAGAGAAAAUAACAAAGAAAAUCCUAAUUGUGAUCUUUGUAAUUCAAAGCAUUUUAGAUGUAAAGAAACAACUUGUACUCAAUGUUGUAAUUUGAAUAAGUGUAAUUCAUAUCCAUGUAAAUUUUGUAAAGAUGAAAAGAUUAAUUGUGAAUAUUCAAUUAUAAGAAAUGAGGAAGAAUUUGAAACAUUUAAAGAAUUGGGAAUGGAAGCUUAUAUUGGACAAAUAGAAAAUACUAAAGAAGGAAAAGCUCAUAUUCAUGGUUUUUGUGAAUUUAAAGAAUUGAUUUCAACAAAAAAAAUAAAACAAAUGUUUGGUGAUUAUCAUAUAUAUAUAUCUUUGAGAUUACGAGGUAGUGUAGAAUCUAAUAUAGAAUAUGUAUCAAAACUUUAUAAUCAUUGUGAAAAACACAAGAAAAAAUGUAGAUGUGAUUAUUUUGACCUUAAUCAUAUAUGUGAAGUUUGUAAUGAUAAUUGUCUAGUGAGAACAAGAGCUAGAAGAACUGGUUCACUUAAUUUAGUUG